UUAGAAUAUUUUUGAUGAUUUAUUAGAAGGAAAAAUACCCUCAUUAACCAUUUCUCCACUGAUUUUGAUUUAACCGCCCUUGAUUCCUCUGUGAUAAUGUGAUUAGCGUUUCCACUAUGUCUGUUAACGUUUAAGGUUCGAAUCCUUAAGGGGCUAUGCUUUUAUUUUUCCUUUGUUUUUCCAUAGAAAAUUUCUUUUUAAAUUCUGAUCAACAUAAAAAAAUUAUUUUUAAAAAAUUUUCUAGGCUUGUAAUUGAUCCAGAUUUACGUAUAACUUUAAAAGUAGCUAGAGAACAUGAUUUUUUUGAAAAAUUGGAUAAUAAUUUGCGCCUUAAAGCAGAAAAUGGAGAGAAUAUCAAUGAGAAUGGUGCUACUUAA